GUGGCAGAGAUUUAUCACUCCCAUUUUUUCAUCUUUGAAAGAUCAUUACCAUUACAGUAGAGAAGAAUGAUUAUCACCAACACUUUAAUGAAGAAUCAUUGCAUACCCACCACCACCAAGCACUGAAAAAUUUCACCAACCCAAUUUAUGAACCCCAACUUCUCUUCUCUACUCUAAAGCUUCAAUCUUGCUUUCUCACAUAUCUCUCUCCCUCUAUACCCCCUCCCUGUGUUAUUGUUAGGAGAAGUCUUUCUUUUUAUUUUAUGGUCUUCUAUAUAUAGAUAUAUAGCAAAAAGUCUAGUGGAUUUCAUGUUCUACUUGGAGACAAAAGUGCUUCUUGACCUCUGUUAUUUUCUUUUGUUUGUUUUGCUGGCUUUCACUGAUCUGCAGAGCCAGACAAGGUAUGCUUACAUUCCGUCUUGAAACCGCAAAACCUUCCUUAGUCUCAAAUACCCAGUUCUUAUCUCUGCAACUUGUUUUCUACUUUUUGGGUUUUCUGGUUCUAGUUGUGGUCUUUCCUGAGCAAUACAAUAGCACAGCAAGUUUGCAUUUUUAGCUCUACUUGUUUGGGAGCGCCCUUAGCCCUAAAAUGACUCUGCAUAUUAGUUUGAAUGGAGUUGCAGAGGCUUAAAGUAUUGUUUGAAAUGGUCUCAGAAGCAUAUAUGAUAUAGAGGUUGUGUUUUAAAGCAUUGGGAGAGGCUUUUGCUGUGGUUUUGGCUUUUUGGUUCAAAGUUGCUGCUCUUCUCUUUGCGAGUUUUUGGCUUGAUUCCAAAUGGGUUUUGGUUUCUUUGGUUCUAUCUUGGUUCUUUCAAUGUUCUUCAAGCCUUUAACUUGUCAACAACCCAAUACAGAUGCUUUCUUUGUCUCUGAGUUUUUGAAGAAGAUGAAUUUCACUUCUUCUCCACUUUUUAAUUUCUCUGCUUCUGUUUGUUCGUGGCAAGGCUUGUUCUGUGAUGCCGAAGAAAAUGUUUUGGGGUUAGUGGCUUCUGGUGAUGGCCUCUCUGGUUCCAUUCCUGAUACCACCAUUGGCAAGCUAACCAAGCUUCAUACUUUGGAUCUUAGCAACAACAAAAUCACUGCUUUGCCUUCAGAUUUGUGGAGUUUGGGCUCUCUCACGACCCUCAAUCUCUCUUCCAACCAGAUUUCCGGGUCUCUAACCAACAACAUUGGCAAUUUUGGUCUGCUUGAAUCACUUGAUCUGUCAAGCAACAAUUUUAGUGGUGAAAUUCCUGCAGCAAUAAGCUCCCUUUCGAGUUUGAGAAUUCUGAAGCUUGACAGAAAUGGUUUUCAAGGAAGCAUUCCAUUGGGAAUUCUAAAUUGCCGGUCACUGACUCUCAUUGAUAUUUCCUUGAAUAAACUCGAAGGCUCCUUACCAGAUGAUUUUGGUGCUGCAUUUCCUAAGCUCAAAACAUUAAACCUUGCAGGAAACAAGAUCAAAGGGCGAGACUCGGAUUUCUCGCAGAUGAAAUCCAUCACAAGUCUCAAUAUAUCUGGGAAUUUGUUUAAUGAUUCAGUUAUGGGUGUGUUUCUGGGAAUGUUGGAGGUGAUAGACCUAAGCAGGAACCAGUUUCAAGGUCACAUUUCUCAGGUACAAUUCAAUUCUAGCUACAAUUGGUCUCAUUUGAUUUACUUGGACCUGUCUGAGAAUCAACUUAGUGGGGAUAUUUUUCCCUAUCUAAAUCAAGCUCAAAAUCUCAAAUACCUUAAUCUUGCACUCAAUAGAUUUGAUAAGCAGGAAUUUCCACGAAUUGAUAUGCUUGGGGAUUUAGAGUUUCUCAAUUUGUCUAAAACUAGUCUCGUUGGCCAUGUUCCUAGAGAAAUUGCACAAUUGAGUAAUCUGCGUACACUUGAUCUGUCUGAGAAUCAUCUCAGUGGCUCAAUUCCUUUAUUACCUACAAAAAACCUCCAAGUUCUUGAUGUUUCACAUAACAAUUUGAGUGGAGAAAUCCCAUUGCCUCUCUUACAAAAACUCCAAUGGAUGGAAAGAUUCAACUUCUCUUACAACAACUUAACCCUUUGUGCUUCUGAAUUUUCCUCUGAAAUCUUCCAAAGACAAUUCUAUGGAUCAUUAAACAGUUGCCCAAUUGCAGCAAACCUAGGCAUCUUUAAAAGAAAGGCCAACCAACACAAGGGAUUAAAACUUGCUCUUGCCUUAACCCUCUCAAUGGUCUGCUUGCUCGCUGGGCUGCUAUUUCUGGCUAUCGGCUGUAGAAGGAAAUCCAGUAAGUGGGCGGUAAAACAAACCUCAUACAAAGAUGAACAAAAUAUUUCAGGUCCAUUUUCAUUCCAUACUGAUUCAACCACAUGGGUUGCUGAUGUUAAGCAGGCAACAUCAGUCCCUGUAGUGAUUUUUGAGAAGCCAUUGCUGAAUAUCACUUUUGCAGACCUCUUAUCUGCAACUUCAGGUUUUGACAGAGGCACCCUUUUGGCUGAAGGGAAAUUUGGGCCUGUUUACAGGGGAUUUCUGCCUGGUGGAAUUCAUGUAGCUGUUAAAGUUUUAGUCCAUGGAUCUACAUUGACAGACCAAGAAGCUGCAAGAGAGCUUGAGUAUCUUGGUCGAAUUAAGCAUCCUAAUCUUGUUCCAUUGACUGGAUAUUGCGUAGCAGGAGAUCAAAGAAUUGCUAUCUAUGAUUACAUGGAGAAUGGGAACUUGCAGAAUUUACUUCAUGACUUGCCACUUGGCGUCCAAACAACUGAAGAUUGGAGCACCGACACCUGGGAAGAAGAUGAUAAUAAUGGCAUUCAAAAUGUUGGCUCUGAAGGGUUAUUAACAACCUGGAGAUUUCGACACAAAAUUGCUCUUGGCACUGCUCGUGCAUUGGCAUUUCUUCAUCAUGGUUGCUCACCCCCACUUAUUCAUAGAGACGUUAAAGCUAGCAGUGUUUACCUGAAUUAUAAACUGGAGCCAAGGUUAUCUGAUUUUGGACUGGGCAAGGUCUUUGGCAGUGGUUUAGAUGAGGAGAUUGCUCGUGGCUCACCAGGUUAUGUUCCUCCAGAGUUUUCUGAUCCAGAUAACAACUGCCCAACACCAAAAUCCGAUGUCUAUUGCUAUGGAGUUGUUUUGUUUGAGCUAAUUACUGGGAAAAAGCCGGUCGGAGAUGAUUAUCCUGAAGAAAACGAUGCAACUUUGGUGAGUUGGGUUAGAGGAUUGGUAAGGAAGAACCAAGGGCUAAAAGCUAUUGAUUCAAAAAUUCGUGAUACAGGACCAGAACAUGAAAUGGGGGAGGCCCUCAAGAUUGCUUAUCUGUGCACAGCGGACAUUCCCUCGAAGCGUCCAAGCAUGCAGCAGAUAGUUGGACUUCUUAAAGAUAUUGAAUCAGCAGUGCAUCAGUGAUGAACACACACACACACACACACACACACACACACAUAUAUAUAUGGAAGCUGGCUUUCUUUAUAUAGCUUUUGUUUUUCUUCUACAUAUUGAGUUCUUUCUGUGCUGCCGUAAGGAGGAGGGAUUGUACAGCAGUUCUUGAAAUUCUGUUUUUGAUCUUUACCUUACCUUCGUUGGUGGCAUAGAAAUUUAAUUUAUAUAUACAAGAGUUCAAUCCGCGAAAGUUAAUAGCCUUCUUCCUAAUGUUCAUAUAAUCACUAGUAUUGAUUUU